AUGGACUCAUUUCUACACACUAUUUAGAGUAUAUAAAACAUACUCAAUGCACAAACAGACAUUAAACACAUCAAAAACGCCCUCAAAUGCUUGACAGAUGAUUACAAAUUGCAACUCAAAAUUAACUCUCUUCUCUUACUCAUCCAUCUAAGCCAAUAAGAUAAAAUCAGAAACGCCUUGAAUAAAGAUCAAUUGCUCUAUGACUUCAUUCUCAAAACCUGUCAGAACCAAUAGAAUGCCCUUAAUUAGAUUUCUUUGGAAUCUUUGAAAUAUUUUGGAACUGUUGCCUAGAUCGACAAGUAUCGAGAAGCCAUCGACAUUCUUAUGAAUGAAGGGAUAGAUUUACCAAAUACGUAUGUGUUUGCUAAUUAGUUAUUCGAAUUGCAACGAAAUCAUCAAAAUAGAGAAGUACUUACAUUACAGUCAUUUUAACAAAUAGUUUAUGAUCAUCAAAUAGAUCUGUAAGGUCUAACUACUAUAGUCUAAUCCAUAUCUACUAUUGAAGAAAAACACAUCUGCAUGCUUGAUAGUUUUAAAUCAACUACUUUUGUAGAGAGAAUAUCAUCAAUUGAGGACAUACUUAAAAGUGAUCAAAGUAUUUUAACAAGUGAGCAAUUGGAGUAAUUAAAAACUAUUUAAUCCUUUGAACAAUAAUUCAAUAAGUAAGUGAAUAAGCAACAAAAAGAUAAAUUCAAAAAUUUCAAUCAAUUUCUAGAAUGGAUAGCAAAAUAAUUGAACAUCAAGGUCUCCAUAAAAGAGAACUAAUUGCCUCCAUAAUAGAAUUAACAAUAAAAUUCAGUUCCCAUUUUGGUUAUAGAGAAUUAGCCAUCUGAUAGAACUGCCAAAAGUGUGAGAUCAACCAUUGUUUCAGAGCCAUAAAAGAAUCCUUUUCAUGAGGGCGAAAAAGCUUUGAGGCAACGAGUUCAAUUCGAAUUGGAAAAAUUUAAGAGGAGAUAAUUACCGGAUAAAUAAUAUUCUGGACAGUUGGUUUAAGGAUACUUGAACAUCAAUUAGGAAGAUUAAAAUUAAUUAAAGAAGUUUAAGUUAUCUAGUAUAAAAAAUAAAUAAACGCUAUUUGAUUCUCCUGAGAUCUAAUUGGGAGUAAUUAAGAAAUUUAUCUUAAAAGAAGAACUCAAUUGCAACUUUUUAGAAUUAACUUUUUAUAUAGGAAAUAAGCGUUAAAAGAUCUUAGACAAUUGUUCGAUGGUUUUUGAGGAACCAAGAGGAUUGCAAUUUUGGGUACCCUAAAAUAAAAUGGAUAGCCAAAUCCUAGGUAGAAAGUAAUGUAGAAUGUCAUGUUUGAUAGCCUAUUAAUAUAGUCUAUUUGAGCCAUUGAAAGGUUAAUUUUAAUGGAUUGAAGAUGAUAAGGUGUGCGAGGCUGUGUUUAUGGUCCCUUGUUUAUUGAGUCAAUUCAUGAAUUUUUUGCCAAUAGGAAGGAGGUAUUUUAAAUACAUUUGGAAGGAGAAGAAAUUGUUUUGUCAUAGAUCAGAGAUAUUUAAAUUAAAUGAGAAGGUUAUUAAGAGUGUGUUGGAUUUUAAGAGGUAUAUUCCGAAUUUGUGCUACUUGGUUGAUUUGAAAGAUUUUUUGGAUGAUGGAAAACCGUAAUUGAAGGAUUUGAAAUUGGGAGGAGAAUUCACUUUAUAAGAUAUACGAGUUAGAUACUGGAUAAAAAUAAUAAUUAGAUAGAAUUUGGAUGUGGUAGUGAAGGUGAUAGGAAUGAGUGAUGCCAUUCAAAUAGUGAAAUGUUUGGUGUUCAUUUUGAAGGCAUGA